AUGCAUCCGCACUUACAUACCAAGGACAACAUCGCCUGCGAGGAGGUCAUGACCGCCCUCGAAGAAUGCCACGCCAGGGGUUUUCUUUGGAAGUCGCUGGGCAUGUGCAGCGACGCCAAAAACCAAGUUACGCUAUGCCUACGAGCGGAGCGACUGAAGCGCAUUGCGCUGAACCGAGAGGCCGCCAAGGCCAAGCGCGAAAAGAUCAAGAAGACUUGGGCGGAUAUUGACGAGAACUCGUGA